ACAAGCCUCUCUCAUCGCUCUCUCUCUCUAGUGCGUGGUUCCUCUUCUUUCCCAAGCUCUUUCUUGCUGAUCUCUUUGUCUGUUGUCCGAGGGAGAGAAGUGAGAAACGAGAGAAAAGAUGGCGAAACAGAAAGGCCAGAGCGCGGGUCUCUUCCUGUGCCUUUGGGUUGUGGCAGCGGCGGCGGCGGCCCAGAACUUGGUCGUUCCGGCGGUGGGUGAGGCCAGCUUUGAGGACCAGAAGAACUACUACACUCCUAUUCCUGAUCCCCAUAUUGGCACUCCUCCUCCAGCUCCACGCGUAACUCCACCACACAGGACUUCUCCACCGCACCGGCAUGGAGGCACACCGCCGACUGUAAACUGCGGAAACCCUCCGCAUGUCCCGACGCCGUCAACUCCUCGUGGCGGCGGCGGCGGAUCUUACUAUAACCCACCCCCAUCAACUCCUCGUGGUGGCGGCGGCGGAUCUUACUAUAACCCACCCCCAUCAACUCCUAGGGGCGGCGGUGGUGGAUCUUACUCUAGCCCACCCCCAUCAACUCCAACUCCGGUGAUUGUCUCCCCACCGACCACCCCCAUUAUUAUUCCAGGCACCCCCGGCGCUCCCACCAUUCCCACACCUCCGUUCGAUCCGAACUCGAAUCCCUUCACUGGGACGUGCAACUUCUGGAGGAACCACCCGGCGGUGAUUUGGGGCUUGCUAGGGUGGUGGGGCACCAUGGGCAGCACGUUCGGGGUUACCAGCAUGCCCGGCUUGCCGUCGAACCUCAACUUGAUGCAAGCACUCUCCAACACCCGCCACGACGGCCUGGGCCAGCUUUACAGAGAAGGAACAGCUUCGUUCCUCAACUCCAUGGUCAACUCCCGCUUCCCUUACACCACCCAGCAGGUCAGAGAGAGCUUCACCGCGGCACUCGGCUCGAACUCGGCUGCGGCAGCUCAGGCCCGCCUCUUCCGGCUCGCCAACGAAGGGCACACGAAGCCCAGGGAUUGAAAUGAACCGUACCUAUGGAAAGACCUUUCCUUGAUGUUUCCUUUGAAGGAUUGUUAUAUCAGCAGUUUGUGCGUCAAUUUGUGGUUUUUUAUGGGUUGUUCGUUUGCUUUUUAGCUUUCUUUCGUGGUGUUAUAGAGCACUGAGAUGGAUAGUUUGUGGACAUUUUAAAUGCUUAAUGAAUGGUUUUACUUCC